UGCUUGUUCAUCGCCAUCAUUUGCAAUAAAGGAAUUUGUCGAUUUGAUGGAAGAAUUUGAUCAAGAAUCGAUGAAACAUAUCUGCAAAUUCUGCAACAAGAGUUUCCCAUGUGGGAGAUCGUUAGGAGGUCACAUAAGGUCUCACGUGAUCAACUCUCCUGACCACCAUCAUCAUCAGAAGCUCUCAUCUUUCAUCAACAAUGGCGGAUUGAUGAACAACAACAAUAACAACAACGUAAUUCCCAUCAAUGGUUCUUCGAAUUCAAAUGAUUCGUGUUAUGAAUUGCGAAAAGAUCCCAAAAAGACGAUCAAAUCCAAAGAUUCAAGAAGUUCGAAUCAAGUCAGUAGUUCGAGUGUUCUUGAUAAGCUCUGUAAGGAAUGUGGAAAAGGGUUUCAAUCUUGGAAAGCUCUUUUUGGGCACAUGAAAUGUCACUCCAAGAAAGUAUCGAACAACAAGAACAACAAUUCAGCAAGUCUGAAUCAUAAUUCUUUGACUAGCCAAUCAGAUAACGAGAAUUCAGAUGCCAAAAUCCAUAGAAUAAAGAGAUCAAGAUCAAGAAACAGACGAAACAAAAGGUAUUCUCCUGCUAAAAAAACUGCAAUCACAACAGCUUCAUCUUCAAUCUCUAUGAACAACAAUAAUCAAAUUAGUAGCAACAAUGCUUCAACAAGUGUGGUAUCUGAGAUAGAUCAAGAACAAGAAGCAGAUGUUGCUAUGUCUUUGAUGAUGCUGUCUAAAGAUGUGAGAAAAUGGGGUAAUCAAUUUGGAUCAUCUGAUUACUGUUCUUCCUCUGUUUUGGGUAAAAAUCUGUUUGAAAAUGGUUUCAAGAUGAAGAAAUCAGCAGAAACCCAAGUGGGUAUUGAUUUUCUUGGAAGAUCUGAGGUGGAUUAUGAAGGAUUUGAGAGAAUUUCAACCAAAAACGAUGAAUUCACUUCAUGUUUUGCUGAAAUUAAGGACUCAAACAAGAGAAAGUUCGAGUGCUUUAGUUGUAACAAGAGUUUUCACUCUUAUCAAGCACUUGGUGGGCAUAAAGCAAGUCACAAGAAGCUAAAGAUUUGUUUCGACUCAAGACCCCUGAACGAAAACACAAUCGAACACGAACCCGUGUUAGAUCAUGAUCAAACAAUCAAUGGGUAUGAUCAGAAAACAUCUGGUGAUCAUCAAGAACCAUCAAAUUUCAAUCUUGGUCAUGAGUGUUCGGUUUGCUUAAAGAUGUUCUCAUCAGGGCAAGCUUUAGGGGGUCACAAACGAUCACAUGUGAUUGCUGAAUCCAAACCGAAUCAAGAGAACUACACGAAUGUGAUCAAGAAACCUGAUGAGCAGCCAAUUCGCGAAACCCGAACGUUUCUUGAUCUCAAUAUGCCUCCUCAAGAAGAAGAAGAAGAGGAGGAGAUGAUCAUGAAGAGUAGUUGUACCAUAAAGUACAAGUCUUACUAUUGGGAAGAUUGUAGUGAUCACCAUAACCAUGAAUCAAGACUCUUGGGUUUGCUAUCAACAAGCUAAUAAUAGCAUAUACAUUACUUCAAGAUUGUACAUGAUUCAAUUCAUUUUUUACAUUCUUGUGCUCAUAAACUUCAUUGGG